CGAGGCUCUUGGUUUUAGUAUCGGAUGCAUCACUCUGCUGUUCUCAGGAAGUUGUGACGCAAGUCAUGGGUUGGGUUUGAGGUUUUGGAAGCCUUCUCUAAAGGCGGUCGGCACUUCCCUCGCCCUGUGGUAGUUCUCGGAGUGGCAGUGACAGUUGGCAAAGCGGGGAGCUAUGCGGGCUGAAGAGCAAAUGCCUGUCCGGUAUAUGGGGAGGAUUUUCCUGGCUCUGUGCAUAAUCCUCUUCAUGGGAUGCACAACACAAGGGGUUCCUGUUCAGAUGGGCAGGUACAUGAGGGUCAGAUGUAGACCUGAUGUCCUUUCCUCAAAUUGUCUUGAAGAACAAGGUGCACAGAAUGUAAUUCCUGAUGGAGCUGCUGAUAUGAUCCUCCGUCCCGAGGCUGAACCAAUGGUGAUGAAGAGACUUCAAGAGCAUCCUGAUAACUCUGUGCUUUCUGGAGACGAAUAUGGAUCAGGAAAUGAAAUUGAAUUGGAGUCUGGGUCAGGCAUUGAUGACAAUGCCGAUGACUUCAUCAUUCCCGACUUUGUCCUGCACCAACCAGACAGGGACAUGAAGCUCAAAUUAACAGAUGAAGGCUUAUUUCUGCAGAAGCAGCGGCUGUGAUCUCAGCCAUAGCCGGUUGCUGCCACCUUCUUUUCCCUAUGUCUUUUGUGUUUGAUAACUAAAACAUUACACUCAGAAGAAACAUUUGUGUUUGUGUGUAGGUGCCUUAAAAUCUUUGGGUGCUUUUCUUUUAUCUAAAUCUAUUGAAUGCAAACUCUUCCUUAUAAAAGGUAGACAGAUCUCUUUGGUUAUGGGAUCAUAAAACUGUUUAUGAAAGUCAGACAUUUGUUAAGUGAGGAAAUAAAAGUAUCAUUUAAAGAAAAUUAAGCAACAACAGUGGAAUAUCUAUAAUGAAACUCCAAGCAAACACCCUUGAAAUAUUUCCUUUCACUUCCACUCUACUCCAGAGCAGCUCCCCUUUCCCCCUAGGCAUAUCAGGGAUAGCAUGUCCCCACAGCUCUGUGUCCUUGUGGCAUCUUCUGAGAUGCACUUCAAGUGAGCACUGCAAGAAUCUAGAGCUGUGCAUUCUCCUCCACUUCAUGGGAUGCUUCUUUAAUAAGACCACCCUCUGCAGCUUACCUAACUGAAAUGUAAGGUGCAAUGUUAUCUUCUACAAAUGUCAGGAGCAAAUGAGUGUGUUUGAAAACAUUUGCAUUAGUAAAAAAUAAGUAAAUCAAAAAGUGGUAUUAUGGGUCACAAAAUACCUGUUAUGUUGUUCCCAACUGGAAUUUACUUUGAAUUUGAGGAGCUAUACAUUUGAAUUGUCUUUGUUCUAUUUCAGCUGUUUCCUCGUGUGAUCUUGUGUUUGCAGAGACACACUUCUUAAAUCUUUUGUUCAUCUUAAUACCAGACACUUGGGCUUCCCCCUGGUGGCAUGCAUUUUUAAAAUCUACAAUUCUAAUAAAUCUAGCUGCAACCGAA